AUGGUAAGCUCAAAGCUACGCAUUGCUUUUAUUCACCCUGACUUGGGAAUUGGAGGAGCCGAAAGGCUAGUUGUAGAUGCUGCAUUGGGUUUACAAUCCCUGGGUCACUCUGUUGAUAUAUAUACCUCUCACCAUGACCAGCACCACUGUUUUGAAGAGACAAGAGACGGUACAUUGCGCGUCCAUCAUGUGAUUCCACCGCUACCUCGGUCUAUACAGGGAAAGUUUCAUAUCAUGUUUGCACAUGCAAGGCAGCUACAUCUCACAAUGCACCUCAUGUGCACGUCAGCACAUCAAUACGACGUCUUCUUUGUGGAUCAACUCUCUACUUGCAUACCGUUCCUCCGAAUGUUGUGUGGGAAGCGCGUUGUUUUCUACUGCCAUUUUCCGGAUAAGCUUCUUGCGAACGGUGCCUAUGUAGAGGACCGGCCGCGGAAGAAUGUCAGUAUCCUGAAAUCCAUCUAUCGCUUCCCAAUGGAUUGGUUAGAGGAAGUGACUACGACACAGGCUGACCUGAUUCUCGCCAACUCAAAAUUUACUGCACGAGUAACCAAGUCACACUUCUCUUCCCUUAGACACCAGUUGAAAGUUGUCUAUCCUGGAAUCAAUAUUGCAGCCUAUAUUUCACCAAUCGACCCAUCAGAUUCCGAUAUCCUUCAGGUUGCCUCACAACGGCGAACAUUAUUGUCCCUCAACCGGUUUGAGAUGAAGAAGAAUGCUGCUUUGGCAAUAGAAGCAUUCGCAAUAUUGCGAAACAAGGAUCUGAAAACAUCAGACGUGAGGCUGGUUCUUGCUGGUGGCUAUGAUCCUCGUCUAGAGGAUAACAUACGCACGCUGAAAUCUCUCAUUGAACUGGCACAGUCCAGUGGUCUGACUUACAACAUCGUCACCCCAUUGCAGUCCCGCGUGGCAGUACCGUCGUUCCCGAAGAUAACCUCGAAUGAGCCGGAUAUAUUGUUCCUCUUAAACUUUACCACCACUCAGCGUUCAGGUUUACUGCAGGCUCGAUCUACGCUUGCUCUGCUAUAUACCCCAGCUAACGAACAUUUCGGAAUUGGACCAGUGGAAGGCAUGAUAUGCGGCCUGCCAAUACUUGCUUGCGACAGCGGUGGUCCCACAGAGACUAUCGUCGACCGGCCAGCAGAUCAGAGGACCGGAUGGCUCUACCGUCCACAGCCAUCGGUGUGGGCUCAAGCAUUGGAGGAAAUUUGUAAUCUCUCAGAGACAGACAGAAAGGUGCUCUCGCAGAGAGCUCGGGACCGUGCACAGCAGAUGUUUGGAAUGGAGGAGAUGGCGAAAUCCCUCGAGGAAGUUUUGGAAGAAGCGGUAUCUAUGGGACCGGUGUCAAGAACGGGGAUGUGGCUCGUGAUGCUUGCAGUUCUGGGGUUACUAGUGGCUUUAAUCUUUCGGUAUGGAUCGUUUUCAGGGUAG